AUGCGCCUCCACGAGUGGCUGGGCCAAGUCGCUCGCCUUGGUUGCGGUGAAGUUGUCGAAAUCAUCUUCCAGCUUCCGCCGCGACUCCUCAUCACCACCGGCGCCGCCCUCCUCCGCCAUGCUCAGAUCCGCCGACCCCCAGUCCGCGCCGUACAGGACGCUCGUGGGACGCACGUGCAGCAGGAUGACCGUGUUCCCCGGUCAGAGGUAGUUCUGCACGGCCCACCGCACCGCGUGAGCGCUCUCGUCGCUCAGAUCCAUCGUGAUCGCGAUUCUCCGCUGCGAACCGGAC